AAGGACUUUGUGAAGGACUACGUCGCAGAGUGUCCCACCUGUCAGGAGGUGAACAGUGUGAACCACCUACCUUAUGGUUUGCUCCAGCCUCUUCUUAUCCCUGAGGGUCGUUGACAGUCCAUCUCGAUGGACUUUAUCGGUCCUCUUCGACCUCUGACCCCCCGCGGUUAUGAUGCUAUCAUGGUCGUCGUUGACCGCUUCACGAAGCGUGCACGCUUUGUUUCGUACCGCUAUGCCAUCAGUGCACGUGAGGUCGCCGACAUUGUAUUUGACCGAGUCGUGCGUGACCACGGCUUACCUCUGAGCAUCAUAUCUGACCGUGACCCGCGCUUUACCAGUCGAUUCUGGCGACGGCUCCACGAGGUGUACGACACUCAGCUCCGCUUCUCCUCGUCUUACCAUCCUCAGACUGAUGGUCAGACCGAGAUCACGAACAGGACUUUCGGGGAUAUUCUCCGAAAGAUUAUUCGUGACGACCAGCAGUGGGAUCUCCAUCUUGCCCACGCGGAGAUAACCUAUAACCACGCCAUCUCGCCAGCCACGGGGAUGUCGCCUUACUAUUGCGACCUCGGCUACCACCCUCGUGUUCCCGCGGACUUCCUCCGACCGUCACAGAUGCACCUCGACACGCGUUGUCCCGCGCUGGAUGAUUGGGUUGCACACAUGACGUCGAUCAUGAAGACCGCACAUGAGCACAUAGCCGCUUCCCAGACUCGCAUGGCAGCACGUGCGAACCGAUCGAGGAUGGAUCAUCCAUUCAAAGUCAGUGAUGACGUGCUUAUCGACACCCGCCACUUACAGCUCGAAGCGGACAUGCUUCGCACGUUUCGGCGUUGCUUCUUUGGCCCACGCCGCAUCCUCUAGGCCGUCGAUUCUGAUACGGCUUCUAGCCCGG